AUCAAUCAUGAUGUGAAACCUCGCCACCAUCUCUUCUCUCUUCUCUCUUCUCUCUCUCUCUUCUUUUGCCCUCUCACUCCACCACCUGGCAAUUUGAAGAACCAAAUUCUCUCUCUCUCUCUCUCUCUCUCUCUCAGUCUUUGAUCGGAAGCCGAAGAUUCAGAUUUGUUCAAUUAUCAGACCGUUAAAUUAAAGACAAGUUUUGUUGGAUGAUUCUGGAUUUUAAACGGAGCAAUGAGUAGACCUCCAGCGGGGAUAGGGAGGCCAUCCUCAGGUAGAAGAAGAUUAAAAGACCUAUUGGUUCAAAGUGAUAAUCGUUCUUGUGCUGAUUGCGGUGCUCCAGACCCCAAGUGGGCGUCAGCCAAUAUUGGGGUGUUUAUAUGCUUAAAAUGUUGUGGUGUACACAGAAGCCUUGGUACCCAUAUCUCGAAGGUGUUGUCUGUGACAUUAGAUGAGUGGUCUGAUGAUGAAAUUGAUGCAAUGAUUGAGGUUGGAGGAAAUGCUUCUGCUAAUUCCAUCUAUGAGGCUUUUAUUCCUCAAGGAUACACUAAACCCGGGCCAGAGUCUGGUCAUGAGGAGCGUGCAAAGUUUAUCAGAUCUAAGUAUGAACUGCAAGAAUUUUUGAAACCUAGCUUGCGGAUCUCGUCAAUUCCUUCCAAUUCCAAGAAGAACUCUCUCAAAGCAAGUUUAUCCAGAAAGAUUAUGGAUACUUUUAGUUCAAGUUCAUCACAGAAAUUGGAAGGCAUGGUGGAAUUUAUUGGAAUGUUGAAGGUCAAAGUAUUAAAAGGCAUAAAUUUAGCAGUCAGAGAUAUGCUGUCAAGUGAUCCUUACGUUGUCCUGACUCUUGGACAGCAGAAAGUCCAAACAGGCAUAAUAAGAAGCAACUUGAAUCCAGUAUGGAAUGAGGAACUCAUGCUUUCUGUUCCUCAGAACUUUGGGCCCGUAAAACUGGAAGUAUAUGAUCACGACACAUUUUCAGCCGAUGAUAUUAUGGGACAAGCUGAGAUCGAUAUCCAACCAAUGAUAACCUCUGCAAUGGCAUUUGGAGAUGCUGGAAUGUUUGGAAACAUGCAGAUUGGGAAAUGGCUGAAAUCAAAUGACAAUGCCCUCAAAGAGGAUAGCACCGUCAACAUAAUCGAUGGCAAGGUGAAACAGGAUGUGUCAUUGAAGCUUCAGAAUGUGGAAUCUGGAGAAUUAGAACUAGAACUAGAGUGGAUUCCUCUUGAGCAAUAGGGAUUUGAGAAUGUGCUUCAUUGAUGAACUCGAGUGGAUUUUCAUCUUGUUAACUGGAAACCAUUUUCGAGGUUUAUUGUUUCUGUGUUUGAUCCCAUUCCUAUGGGUUGUUUAAUAGCUGUUUCUGGUGGGGUUUGACAAGUGCUUUUUUGUUGUUUUAGAAUAUAAAAAAAUUGAUGUAUUUGGUAAUUGUUAAUUUUUUUAUUUUUAUUUUAGUGGGAAAGUUUACAUUUUUAGAAUUUUUAUUUGAAUUUAUCUUUUGUUUUUGGUUUAUUUAGCCAAAGCCAAAAUAAAGCUCAUUGUGAGAAUUCUGAUGUAACGAUUGUUAUGUUCUUUUGGAAAGAUUUAUGAUUGUUUU